AUGGAAAAGAAGGCCGCGGAACCAUGGCAACACGUCCACAAGUGCAGCGGAUCGCUCGUCGACAAAAAUUGGGUGAUGACGGCGCCGGCGUGUGUGGAAGGCAACAUCGAGAACUUACUUGUUGUCGCUGGAGCUGCAGAUCUUCGCGCUGGCCUACUACUUAAGCAAACCCGAGAAGUUGCCGAGAAGCACAUCCAAACCAACAUCAACUCCCACCUUGCGCUGAUUCGGUUGAAAACCCCGCUGGAUUUUGGCGCCAGUGUUAACGCCACGGUUCUGACCGACUCGGCGGGAAAGGUCAUCGACGAUCCGCGGGAGAUGAAGGCUUUGGGCUGGGGCCAUCCGGGUUCAGGUCUAGUUGAACGGCUUCGGAUCAUCACCGUCAACGAGAACAAACAGACAUGUCAAUCCCUGAUACCGAUGCAACUUUGCUGGGUGGUUAGCUAUCCGGGGGUUUGCCAGGGUGACGUCGGCGGAGCGCUCAUAUAUCCGGCACUGAAUUCGGCCAACCAGAUCAUCUACGUGCAAAUCGGCGUCAUCGCCCCGUACGUCGAUUCGUGCGCUAGCAAAAAUGAUCAGGCGCAUUUCUUGUGGCUGCGUACGCGCUGCGAUUGGAUCGCCAGGAUCGUUGGGCACAAGGGUCAAGGAAAACUGGUCUUCUCGCCCCAGUACACGCAAGUGGAG